AUGGCGCAAGGGGCCGCCGGCGUAGUAGAGACGGCGAGGCAUGGCGGCGGCAAGCCGCACGCGGUGGUGGUGACGUACCCGCUGCAGGGCCACAUCAUCCCCGUGGUGCACCUGGCGCUGCGUCUCGCGGCGCGGGGGUUCGCCGUCACCUUCGUCAGCACGGAGGCCGUGCACCACCAGACGGCGCCCGCGCUGGGCGUCGACCCGGACGGGUACGACCCCUUCGCGGCCGCGCGGGCACGACAGGAGGGGCUGCUGCUGGGCGACGACGUGUCGUACGAGCUGGUGAGCGACGGCCUCCCCGUGGGGUUCGACCGGUCGCUGCACCACGACGACUUCAUGGGCGCGCUGUUCCACGCGCUGGCCGCGCACGUCGAGCAGCUGCUCCGCCGCGUCGUCGUGGACCCGGGCGCCACGUUCCUGGUCGCCGACACCUUCGUGUGGCCCGCCACGCUGGCCAGGCGCCUCGGCGUCGCGUACGUCUCGUUCUGGACCGAACCGGCGCUCAUCUUCAACCUCUACUAUCACAUCGACUUGCUCACCCAGAACGGCCACUUUAGAUGCAGCGGUAACAUUCUUUUCUCUUGGAAAAAAAAUAAUGUCCGUUCCUUCAUGCAUGCAUCAUCUGCAGAGCCUCGCAAGGACACGAUCACCUACAUCCCGGGCGUGGCGUCCAUCGAGCCGAGCGAGCUCAUGUCUUACCUGCAGGAGACGGACACCACCUCCGUGGUGCACCGCAUCAUCUUCAAGGCGUUCGACGAGGCCCGCGGCGCCGACUACGUCCUGUGCAACACCGUGGAGGAGCUGGAGCUGUCCACCAUCGCCGCGCUGCGCGCCGACAGGCCCUUCUACGCCGUGGGCCCCAUCUUCCCGGCGGGGUUCGCGCGCAGCGCCGUGGCCACGUCCAUGUGGGUUGAGUCCGACUGCUCCCGGUGGCUGGACGCGCAGCCGCCCGGCUCCGUGCUCUACAUCUCCUUCGGCAGCUACGCGCACGUGACCAAGCAGGAGCUGCACGAGAUCGCGGGCGGCGUGCUGGCCAGCGGCGCCCGCUUCCUGUGGGUGAUGCGCCCGGACAUCGUCAGCUCCGACGACCCGGACCCGCUGCCCGAGGGGUUCGCCGGCGCCGCGGCGGGGCGGGGGCUCGUGGUCCCGUGGUGCUGCCAGGUGGAGGUGCUCUCCCACGCCGCCGUCGGCGGCUUCCUCACGCACUGUGGCUGGAACUCCAUCCUGGAGAGCGCGUGGGCGGGCGUGCCCAUGCUGUGCUUCCCGCUGCUCACGGACCAGAUCACCAACCGGCGCCUCGUCGUGCGGGAGUGGCGCGCCGGCGUGUCCAUCGGGGACCGCGGCGCGGUGCGCGCCGACGAGGUGAAGGCGCGGAUCAAGGGGUGA